GAGGGGGGCGGCUGAGCCUUACUUGGGGGGGGGUUGGAAAGGGGGGAGACCCUGAUUCCUGUUGGGGGGUUGGAAGGAGUGGGGGGACCUGGUUCCUCUUCGGGAGGGGUUGGGCAGCUCAGAUCCCUCCCAAAAGCCCAGAAGGUGCUGAGGAUUUGGGGGUGCCCCCCAGGGGGGUCUGGAGAGAGGGGGCGCACUUGGCAUCGUCUCCCCUUCCUCCUCCAAGGACAAGAGAGCCGUGAAGGGUAAAGGGGGUGGGGGUCAGGUUGGGGUGGGGGUCAGGCUGAGGCGAGGGGGGUGCCCCACUUUGCACCUCAGAGGCCGCCUUCGAGCCCCCCCAACUCCCCCGCCCCCGCCGUAGGGUCGAAGGAAACAAAAGUCUGGGCUGGUUGCAGUUUCUUCCCCCCGCACCCCACACCACCACCCCCCCAUGGAAGAGCCCGUGACCCACGGCGGAUCCCACGCAGCCCCAUGGCUACCCAGCAGCCUGCAGAGUAGCUGAAGCGGGAGGUAGCCAAUGUCGUCCAGCAAAGGGGCGGGGGCUGGAUCUCGCCGGCGCCGGACGCGCUGCCGUAAGUGCAAGGCCUGCCAGCGGACCGAGUGCGGCGAGUGCCACUUCUGCAAGGACAUGAAGAAAUUCGGGGGCCCGGGACGCAUGAAGCAGUCCUGCCUCCUGAGGCAAUGCACGGCGCCUGUCCUGCCUCACACGGCUGUGUGCUUGCUCUGCGGUGAGGCCGGGAAGGAGGACACGGUGGAGGGGGAGGAGGAAAAGUUCAACCUGUCGCUCAUGGAGUGCUCCAUCUGCAACGAGAUCGUCCAUCCCGCCUGCCUCAAGAUGGGGAAGGCGGAAGCUGUGAUUAAUAAUGAGAUUCCCAACUGCUGGGAGUGCCCCAAAUGCAAACGAGAAGGGAAAUCCAACAAGGACUCGGGCGGCGACGGGGCCGGGAAGCGCCGGGCGGACAACGGCGAGGACGGGGUGCGGUGGAAGCUGACGGACGAACUGGCCCAGCACAAGAAGAAGCUGCUGCCGGCCCCGCCCCCCACGGAAGAGCCCCCCGCCAGCGCCCACAAGCGCAAGAAGGAGAAGGAGCUGCCGCCCCCCGACACGGGGCCCAAGAAGAAGUUGAAAGGUGGGCGGGAAAAACACUUGAAGAAGGCCUCCGAGCAGCCGUCGGAGGGGAACAAGGUGCAGCCGCUGCCGAGCUGGGGCCGUGUGGGGAGCGGCGACUUGGAGGUGAAAGGGUCCAUCUCCCACUCGACCAUCCACCUGAGCCAGAUUGGCCCCAGCGACCUGGAGCAAACCAAGGCACCUCAGGGACCGCUGGAGCCUUCUGCCCAGUCGGACAAGUCUCACCAGCGGGAGAAGCUGGAACGCUUCAAGCAGAUGUGCCAGAUGUUGGAGCGGGUGAAGAACAGCAGCAGCUCCAGCUCCAGCUCCGACUCGGACUCGGACACGGACUCGCGGGGCUCAGAGGGCUCCAGUGUGGGCGGGGGCUCCAGCCAGGCCGCCUCGCCCGCCUCCCGGGCCCAGCGCCUGGCCGCCCUCGGCUUCAGCGCCAGCGAGGAGGAGGAUGAGGAUGAGGAGGAGGAAGGCCGCAACGGGGGCUCGGAGGCGGCCCGCAAUGGCAAGCAGCCCAAGGGGCCACGGGCGAACUGUCAGGAGAAGGAGAACCACCACCGAGCCUCCAGCAGGGGGAGUGAGCGAGCCAAGCAGCAGGCUGGGGGCCGGAAGGGGGGCCGGCCGGCCGGGCAGACGGGCCUGCACAUGGUGGCCCGGACUCAGUUCCUCCAGUGGCCCCUGGUGCCCUCGCCCCCCAAGCCCCUGCUGCAGUUGGAGCGGCACGUGGUGCGCCCGCCCCCAGACAGCCCCGAGCCGGACUCGCUGCCCCUGGACAGCGGCUCGGACCACGUCAUGCAGCGUGACGUCUGGCUGGCCGUCUUCCAGCACCUCAGCUACCGUGAGCUCUGCGUCUGCAUGCGGGUGUGUCGGACCUGGAGCCGAUGGUGCUGUGAUAAGCGCCUCUGGACCCACAUCGACCUGAGCCGCCGGAAAUCGAUCACCCCGUCUAUGCUGAGCGGCAUCAUCCGUCGGCAGCCGGCCAGCCUCGACCUCAGCUGGACCAACAUCUCCAAGAAGCAGCUCAUGUGGCUCAUCAAUAGGCUACAGGGCCUGCGGGAGCUGGUCCUGACAGGCUGCUCGUGGUGCUCCGUCUCGGCGCUGAGCACCGCCAGCUUCCCUUCACUGCGGCUGCUCGACUUGCGCUGGAUCGAGGACGUCAAGGACUCGCACCUCCGGGAGCUGCUGCUGCCACCCACGGACAGCAAGCCAGGUCAGACCGAGAGCCGGGGCCGGCUGCAGAACGUCUCCGAGCUGCGUCUGUCGGGGCUGGACAUCACCGACUCCUCGCUGCGCCUCGUCGUCCGCCACACGCCCCAGCUCGCCAAGCUGGACCUGAGCCACUGCAACCACGUGGGUGACCAGUCCGUCAACCUGCUGACCGCUGCUAACUCGCCCCUCCGCGACAGCCUCGCCGAGAUCAACCUCUCCGGGUGUAACCGCCUGACGGACCAGUGUCUGCCUCUCUUCCGACGCUGCCCGCGCCUCUCCCGCAUCGAUCUGCGCUCCUGCCGCCACGUCACCCCCGAGGGCUGCGCCCGCUUCUGCGAGGACUCGGGGACCCCGGCCCCCCCAGCUGCUGGGCCGCCCUUCCGCUGCCCCGAGGAGAAAUUGCUGAUCAAAGACAGCUAAUAGCUGGGCGGGGCCAGGCUGAGCCACAGACUUGAAGAGACUUUUCACUAAAGCCAUGCACUGAAUCAUGGGGGGGCCGGGAGCCUUCUGGGGCUGGGGGGUGCAAGCGGGGAACUGGGGGCGGGACCCGCUCCCCACACAUCUCUGAUUUGGGAGGGGAUCCCAUUUGGGGUUAUCUGGGGCGGGGGCUGAUUGGAGUUGGUACUGCCCCGUAGGGGGGUGGAAGCAAGGAUGCUGGGCAGGGGGGAAUGCACUGGUACUGGUGGGCACAUCUCCUCCCCCUUUAAACCCAACCCCCUCCAGCUUCUCAGCGUGCUGCCUUUGGAAUUGGUUGUAUCCAUUGCCAUGUGUGUGGCUACUGGAUCUGGCCCCCUCCCGCCACCGCCCCCCUUCUAUGGGGGGCUCUAGCACUGAUGGUUUAGCCCCACACAUUCACACUCCCUGGGGGGCAGCCCUGCCCCUGCCCCAUGCGCCGCCCCCCUUGGAUCGACCAGCUUUAAAUAACCACUUGCGGGGGCAGUGUCUGGACUUUCUCCCAGGGCAGGGGGCCCUCCUAAUGCCCCUCCCCCUUCAGCUGCGGGAGGGGGCUCAGAUCCCCCUCCCCAGGUCCCAAAACUUGUACCUCCUUUUUCGAAACGGUUACACUUCCCCCUGGCUCCUCCCACUCGGGGGAAGGGGGCGGGGCUUUGCACGGCAGGGCAGCGGUUUUACCUGUGGAUUGGGGAGGGGGUGGGGGGCAUCGUAGUCCGUGCCCCAAGGAGAGGGGUGUCUGGCCCUUUGGUGUGUGGGGUGUGGUGGGACGGCCUGGCAGUGGGGAGACCCCCAGUCCCAGAUUUGGGCAGCUGGGGGAGGGGGCCGGUGGCAUCCUCUCUCCAUGGGGCGGCUGUUGUCCGGCUGUUGGGGGGCAGCCGUCUUGCUGUGCAUCUGGGAGGUUGGGGGGCAGGGCGGGGCAGGCGACCUUCCUUUUGAUACUUGAAACACCCCGCCCCCCCCCCGGCUAACGCAUUACUUGAAUCGUAGCUGUAGGUUCUGCCUCCGGAGGCGAGAGAUGCAAAAGAAAAGGUAUUUCCCUCCCCUCCCCCGUUUUUGUUUCUGUUCAGUGUUUAAAGGCCAAGGAAAUGUCGGGAGGUCGUCCCCCCAACUCCCUGGGGCACCUCCUCCCGGGGGGCGACAAUCUGUCGGUGCUGGGGGGCAGUGUAGGUCUGGUGGUGGGGGAUCCCCCAGCCUGAUGGGGAUGUCUGUGGGGCUUGACGGGGGACCCUUAAGGCUGGAUCUGUUUUGGGGCGCGUUCCACCCCCCAAUCUGGGACGCUGGCUGUAAAGGGUUAGAGGAAUAGGAAUCGGGGGGGUUCCCACAUAGCUUCACCCCCACAUCAGUAACUCCCCGUUCCUGUCCAGUUCUCCCUGUUCCCUUGAGCGACACACACUCCAUGCGGACUCCUAGCGGGGCCGGGGCUUGGCUAACCCUUCCUCCCUCUGCAGGAUCGGGGGCGGGGGUCCCCGGUUCCAGCCUUGCUCUGCGUCGGGUAGUUUGAAGCGGAUGUUUUUAUGGAAAAUGCCUCAGGUUUAAAAGUAAGUUUAAUUAUUGGAGAGAAAAUCCCAGCAGACACGUUGGGCUAACGCUGCUGUUACGGGGUGGGGCAGAGGGGGGAGUAUUGGGAAGGUCAGACGGGCAUAGCUGAGAGACGUACGGGUCCCAUAGACUGAUGGGCAGAGCCUAGAGAGAGAGAGAGAGACAGAUGGACGCAGCGAUCCCAUAGUUGGAUCCCACAGACAUGCAGUGAUCACAUGGAUGGAUCCCACAGACACGUGGCAGUCCCUCAGAGAGAUCCCCCAGACACCCAUGGACGGAUCCCACAGACAUGCAGUGAUCCCAUGGACAGAUCCCACAGACACGUGGCAGUCCCUCAGAGAGAUCCCCCAGACACCCAUGGACGGAUCCCACAGACACGUGGCAGUCCCUCAGAGAGAUCCCCCAGACAGACCCGUGGAUGGAUCCCACAGACACAUGGCAGUCCCUCAGAGAGAUCUUCCAGACAGACGGACACGCGGUGAUCCCGUAGACAGACAGACAGACACCCUACAGAUAGAUUCCCUUCGAACCAAGCCAGAUUUCCCCAGCGAGCGAGGCGGCCCCUACCCAGAGACACAAACCCGUCCCCUGCGCAGCCCUGAUCACACCCAGGUUCCUCUUAGGGUAACCCAGACGCCCACCGAUCACCCCCAAACCCCUCCCCCCCGUGUCCCCCGGGAGCCACCCCAAAGACGAGUCUCUCCCCUCGCUGUGCUGGGAAUCGCAUCCGCCGUGUGAGCUGCAGCCACUAGACAGCGACAUCGUUCUCACGUUUCCUGGUACCCCCCUGGCCCCAGUUUCCCAACCCCAGCCAAGGACCAAAGUUUUCCCUUCCCCCACCCUCCCUGGGUUUCAGAAAUAACCAGUCUCUCCCCCCCCCCCCCCCCCAGUUCUCCUUUGGGCCAGCCCCUCUGCGGCCCCGCCAGCCGCUCCCAGCAGGGGCGGACCGGAAAACCCAACGCCGGGCCUGACUUCAGGGGCUCUGCAUUGUACUAUGCUGUUUGCGAUAAAAAAAAAAUCAAAAAAAGAAAUUGUGGUUUUGGUCUUAAGCCUGUUUAUAUAUUUUCCCCCCUUCCGUUUUCUUCCAAAAAAAUGCAAAAUAAAAUUGUUGGGUUUUUUUAUUAUUUUAUUUUAA